AUGCAAGACCCAGGACAACUAAGAGGCUCAAGGGAGCUAUCCUCUUCAUCAGGUCAAAGGCAAGAGUGUUGGAUCUAUGAGCAUUUUCGAGCUCUAGCCACCAAGCCUACAUUGAUCAUCAACCCAAGAAUGCCUAAGGCUUACAUGUGGAAGAAACACGCAUGCAAAAAUGUCUCAUUUGAUAUGGUGACUUGGCAAUCGUAUGAGAAGUCGCAUGAAAUUGCAGAGUACUUCAUGUGUCGAUCAUACCUCAUAAGUUUCAACAUUGCAGAGUACUAUAUGCCUAAUCGUGUGUUGCGACAAUUUGGGAAGAGGCUAAUAUUCCUGUUAUGCCACCCAAGUGGGAUUGGAGGGAGAAAGUGCCGAGAAGACAGCGGGACUGAGGGUGGAGAAGUGGAAAGUGAAAGUGAGGAGGACGAUGAUAGUGAAAGAGAAGAAGAGGAUGAUGACGGAGAAGAUGAUGAUGACAAAGAAGAGGAUAUUGAAGGUCACGAUGAUAGUGAUAGCGCGAAUGAAAAUGAGAGAAGAACAAAGAAAAAAGAUGAUCACUUUUAA